AUGCCUCACUGGGAUGUUACAACGACAGAAGGUGUCAUUACCACUGCGGACACGCCCCAUGAGGACGUGAUUCCCCGAGAUGCCCAGGCGGACCACCGCGGCACCUGCCGGGCAACCUGCUCAUCAGACAGGCCCGUCAAGACCUCUGAUGUGCUCAGCGGAGGAAAGAUCCUCGUCGCUGACCUCAGGCGUCAUGAGGGUCCUGUGUGGUGAGUGGCCUGGGCCCACCCCAUGUAUGGCGAUGUCCUGGCAUCCUGCUCCUACAACCGGAAAGAGGAAAAUGGCACCUGGGAGAAGACGCAUGAGCACACGGGACACGACUCCUCAGUAAAUGUGUGCUGGGCCCCCCAUGACUACGGCCCGAUCCUAGCCUGUGGGAGCUCGGAUGGGGCCAUUUCUCUGCUGACUUACACCAGGGUGGGCCGGUGGGAAGUGAAGACCAACAGUGCUCACACUAUGGGCUGCAAUGCCGUCAGCUGGGCCCCUGCUGUCGGACCUGGAAGACUCACAGACCAGCCAUCUGGGCAGAAGCCCAACUACAUCAAGAAGUUUGCAUUAGCUGGCUGUGACAACCGCAUCAAACCGUGGACGGAGGAGGAGGGUGAGUGGAAGGAAGGGCAGAAGUUGGAAGCACACAGUGACUGGGUUUGAGAUGUGGCCUGGGCCCCCUCCAUCGGCCUGCCCACCAGCACCAUUGCCAGCUGCUCCCAGGAUGGUCCAGUGUUCAUCUGGGCCUGUGAUGGUGCCUCGGGCAGUGCGUGGUCCCCCAAACUGCUGCACAAGUUCAGCGAUGUUGUAUGGCACGGGAGCCAGCUCAUCACAGCCAACAUCCUGGCCGCCUCAAGGGGAGACAAUAGGGUGACCCUGUGGAAGGAGUCGGUCGACAGGCAGUAGGUGUGCAUCAGUGAUGUCAACAAGGGCCAGGGUGCUGUGUCCACUUCAGUCACAGAGGGUCAGCAGGACGAGCAGUGGCCAGACAGGCAGGGCCUGGUCUCCAUCUGUUGCCUCCAGGGCUGCCCCGUCCUGGACUGA